UCAGUCGCGUGUGUAAGGCGCGCGCGACUGUAUCCUUUACGAGCUCCGAAUUUUACUUCGUGUUCUUUUUUCGAAUUUUUCGCGCGCUCCUCGAGCGCGGGAUUAUAACUUUUAUUUCUUACAGCCAAGUUAUCAACGCUUAGUACAAACUUUUUCGUUACAAACUGUGUGUUUAUUGCUGUGUGUGAUCAACUUGGAUUCAUUGUGACAUUGUGUGUGACUUUUAUUUAGUUUUGAAUUGCUUUCAAGUUUGGAUGUCUUAGAUUAAGGUAACAGUCCUAAUCGUGUUUAGAAAUUUACACAAAAGGAGCAACGGAAACGACUGAAUUGUCACGAACUUUUCCGAGAAGUUAUCUGUUGGCUGAUCGAAGACUGAAAUAAAUACAUACUAAGCCAAUUAGGAUGUAACUGAACAGAAAAUUAAUUCCUUGGUCGGACUUGCUUUAAGUCGUGGUAAUCGGAGGCCGAGAGCGAUGACUACUGCGAUGGCAGCUCACCAGGAAUCUAUACACGAAAGACUGCAGGCUGGACCGGAGGAACCUUUGUAUCUGCACCAUGACUCGACCUGGAACACGGAGAACUCCGACCAUCAAGAGGAACACAGCACGGACAUGUCUCCAUACUAUAAUAUGCCAAAAAGGAACAAACGGAAGAAUUUUAAGCCGAGAUGUGCUCCCAACGCGACGACGUUCUCCGACGAUUCGAAUGGCGCCAACUGUGAGACAGGCUCCGUUAAUGGAAACGACAGAACUACUCCGGAACAAGUCGAGGAUGAAAGAGACGGAGCGAGUUACGCUAAGAUAGGAGUCAAGAACUUUAGUCUAUUAAAAGGCGGUGCAGUCGAUCUAAGCAGGAGAUUAAGUACCGACUCAAAUGAAAACAUAGAAACGAAUUACCAAAAUAGUUUAUCAGACGAGAAGAAAGUCGAUUCAUUUCAGCGUUCGUAUAUACAUAGCUUACAAAUGAACAGAGACGCUGACAAGGAUCGUACAAUAUUAAACUUUAGUAAUUUACAAAAUAAAACUUUCUGUGCCAAAAAUCCUUUCGCUAUAUCCCAGUUAAUUAAGACAAACUCUCCUCCAAGGAGACGGGAAUCCGAUUCGGAUGACGAGAUUAAGGGUCAGAAUAUAAAUGUCAACGAGAGACUCGAGAACCAGGACGCAGUCGAGAAUGAAGGUCAGCAGAAUGGUGACGCUUCAAACGCUAGCAAUAGAAUCUUGAGGGACUACGCCAUGAAUACAAUGAAAGAGUUACUCGGAAUCUACGGGCUGUCUUCAAAUGAAGUAGCUGAUGCUAUAAGUGGGCAGAUAAGAGCGUUGGAGGCACUUCAAGGUAAACCGUUCACCCAACUACCUCUGAGCCUGAAGCGACGUCACGAUUCUGGUGACGGUACUGACAGAAGUUUCCGGAGGUCGUCGUCGGCUACGGAAGACGAGGGGUCGACUAAUAUCACACCUCCGAAGACACCAGACAAUGAUAUAGAAGUUCAGAGGCAAAGGGCGCUUCAAAUUAUCAAUCAACAGUCAAUGAGGCUAUUUCGAUCUCAAAACCAGGAGGAGGAGGGCAGUUCUGAUGAUGGAGACCAAACCUUGGAUCUCAGCGUGUCCAGAGAUACAGAUGGACAGGAACAGUCGACAACUUCGAGCGCCGGCAACAGUGUAUCGGAGUUCGAACAACAAAGUAUAUUGAUGAGAAAAAAUCUCGAAGACUUAGCUAACUUACAAAUGAACUUCUUCCAAAAACAAUCGAUGAUGGACGGUGAUGAUUCACAAGAAAGAAAACUCCAGGCCAGCGGACUGCUGUCAGCCUUGAAUCAUUUGGAUCAAGCUCGAAAGAAUUCUAUGCAAACGACCGUGGAUUACUCCAGAUAUGUUAAAAGAUAUAGUUCAACGCUUGAAUGCGGGUCAUCCUAUUGCAAGGACUUGGGCUAUCGGGAGCAUUUUCACUGCAUGGACUGCACUGCCAGAGUGUUCUGUAAGAAGGAAGAAAUGAUUAGACAUUUUAAGUGGCACAAAAAACGCGAUGAAUCUUUAGCACAUGGUUUCAUGCGAUAUUCACCACUUGAUGACUGCUCGGAGCGGUUCAGCGAUUGUCCACACAACCGGAGUCAGACUCACUACCACUGCAUACAAGAUGGCUGUGAUAAGGUAUAUAUAUCCACAUCAGAUGUGCAAAUGCACGCCAACUACCACCGUAAGGAUUCCGCUAUCCUGCAAGAAGGUUUCCAAAGGUUCAGAGCCACUGAGAGUUGUGCUGCUCCGCACUGUAUCUUUGCUGGACAAAGGACCACCCAUUUUCACUGCAGACGACCUGGCUGUACAUAUACCUUCAAAAACAAAGCUGAUAUGGAAAAACACAAAACUUAUCAUAUCAAAGACGAGGCUCUCUCCAAAGAUGGCUUCAAGAAGUAUAUGAAGAAUGAGGCCUGUCCAUACCGUGACUGCAGGUUCAGCAGGACCUGUAACCACAUUCACUGCAUUAGACCUCACUGCAACUAUGUUUUGCACUCCAGCAGCCAGAUUUUCACUCAUAAGAGGAAACAUGAGCGAAAAGAACAAGAAAUGAAUUUUGGCUUACCGACAUCGAUGAUCCAAAGCGCAUUAAUGCAGCAAGGGGCAGACCUCAGCAUGUACUCUCCUGGCGGAAAUCUUCAUGGCGAUGACGAUAUGUCCAGUUCUAUGAUGGACGAUUAUCCGCAACAAUUCAACCAGGCCUUAGUGGAUGAAGUGUCGCGGAAAUAUAUAGAAACAUUCAACGGAGGGAAAGACGCAGAAGACAAAUGCAGCAAAUGUAGUGCCUUCAAUAAGCACUACCAUUGUUUGGCCGAUGGCUGUAAAUUAGCUCACAGUUGCCAUAGUACUAUGGUGAAACAUGUCAUGGAACACGAGCAGCAGAACCAAGUGACGGAUGCUUACUUUGUUACGUACACUCGUCACAACCCAUGCUCUAACUCAGCAUGCCAACACAUUAGGGACAUUACACACUAUCAUUGUACUUGGGAAAAUUGUGGAGCUGUUAUACUGUCAUCAGAAGAUCAACCUUUUAGACGGCUGGAACAUCAUCGCCAGCACGCAAUUUUAAGCCCAAUGUCACCAAACUUAGCGGCCAGAUUUGCACCAAACUUUACACCACAAUUAUCUGCCCAGCUACAUCCAAACAUGGCAGCACAGCUCGGACAAGUAACCAGUUUGCCAAAUCUUCCGCCAAAUUUAGCUCAGUUAGCCCAAAUGGCACCAAACCUUUCGUCCCAAUUGGCACCAAACUUACAAGCUCAAUUGAACCUCGGCCCAAAUCCCGGAAUAGUACCACAACAGGUCAACCCAUCCAGCUCAUUAGAUGAAAUGUUUAGCAGGAAAAGAGGAAGACCUCCAAAGAAUCGCGUUGUAGAAGUUUGGACUGAUAAUGUGACUCCACAAGCCAUAUUUACAUCAUUCAAACUACCGAAGAGCAAUCAACUACCUCCAGUCAUUCAAUCGCCUGUAAUAGCUACGAUUGAAGAAUUUCCCCGCAUUAGAUUCCAACAUUUCGAAGUAUUUACAACACCAGAAUCAUGUUCCCAAUAUUAUCCUAAUUGCCACUUGAGAGGUACAAGACUUCAUCUUCACUGCUUCAACUGUAGCUUUACGGGAGAGAGCCACAUGACCAUGGAAACACACAUGAGGGAAUCCCAUGCUGUUUCCCCACUCUUAGAUGGUUUUGAUUAUUUCUCCUCAUUUGACCAAUGCGGUGGAAAAAGUUGUUUCAAAAACCAAUUGAGGUCGCAUUUCCAUUGCAUCCAAGGGAACAAUUGCCCCGCAAUUCUGACUCAAUAUUCAGCAUUAGCUACACACAAACACGGCAGAGGAACUCCAGUCAUUAAAAGUGAGACGGAACCCGAGAAAUCUUUUGAGGAAGCCAAAGAUUAUUCUAUCAAAGAAAGGGCUUCGGCUGAUAGUAUUGCCUCUAUGAAAGAGCAAGCUGAAUUAUUCACUCCUACUAACUUCUCUAUCAAGAGUGAAUUUGAAAGGGAACAGGAUAACGUUUCGGUAGUCAAAGCGACGGGAACAUUUUACCCAUCCUCUCAUCUCCGAAGCAAUACAUCAUCACCAUCACCGAGGAGCAUCUAUGAUGCAUCGCCAUCCAAAGAAAUGAAACAUAGAGAUUUCGACCAGAAAAAAUCUUACGAACCUCCCAAAAUGUCUGGACCGACAAUACCGCCAUCUUGUCACGAUCAAACUUGUCCUCUGAACAAAAAUGCUGGUGGUAUGAAUUUGCACUACCACUGCCCGCAUUGCAGUCAAGCUUAUGUAGAUCUGAAGCUACUGUUCAGUCAUAUGGUGAAGAAGCACAGCAACAACAUGGAGCCUGCACCAGUAGGCUUGGCCGCUACUAAGGUAAGUUAUGAAACCUUAGAGAGAGAAUAUCCAGAGAUAUCCAUAUUACCAUCAACUGCAUCUUCAUCGAAUGCACAAGUGCCUUCACCGAGUCAAAGACCUCCGAACCCAGCAGAACAGGUCCAAGCUGUUCAAAGCCUCCUCCUGCAGCAGUACCUGGCUGGCGGUCGCAAGGGAAGCCUUCAGGAGCAGUUAAAGAUGCAGCAGCAGUACACAGCCUCGCUCGCUGGUCUGCCAGGACUCGCUCAAGUUGCACUGUUCUCUCAGGGUGGCUCCGCCUUCCCGUUGUACCCAACGAUGCUUUACCCACCAGAACUACUCCUCGAACAGAGUCUCCUCCAGACACACGGUCUACCACCAGGUCUGGACAAGGAAGCUGAACUUAUUGCUAAGACCAGACGAACACACACACCACGAGGCCCGCACAUGAGGGUUCUAAAAGACGAACCCAUCCCAGAAGGCUAUUUGCGGUUCCGUUUCAACGAAGACUGCGCUUACCAACAAUGUGGAUAUAGGGAGCAUCAAACCCACUUCCACUGCACAAGAAAAGACUGUGGAUACUCUUUCUGUGACAAAACCAGAUUCGUCCAGCACACAGCCAGACACGAAAGACUGGACACGCUGAUGGGCGGUGACUUCCAGCAGUACCGAGCCAACGUGUACUGUCAGAGGCCGGAGUGUCCGCACGCGUCUACAUUCGGUAAGCAUUGUACUGGUCAAAACAAAGCAUCUCACUUUCACUGUCUCAAGUGCGACUUCGUAUGCACUGACACGAAUAAGGUGGUGGCUCACCGCCGGCAGCAUCAAAAAUUAGAUUCUAUACAAGCUGCUGGCUUCGAGAAAUUUUCUCCCGGCAAAGGAUGUGGUUACGAGCCUCAGUGCAUUCACAGCAAGAAACAGACACAUUACCACUGUCUGCAAUGCGGUUUCGCCGUCCUCGGUCUCUCUCAAAUGACCUCUCACAAGUACAAACACCAAGAAGCGAACCUUGGACCCUCCACUAGUGCGACCAACUGACCUUAUACAAACAAGUUCAGACUAAAUAAUGUGAAAAUUGAACUUUAUCUUUAUUGUAGGAAGACAGACAUUUGUACUACAAAAAAAACGAAGAAAUAUUUUUUUUUGCAGUGUCGGCUUAUACUGAAAUGUUAUGUAUUGACUUUUCCUUAAAGUUUCAAUUAGAUAUAAAUGAAUUUUAUGUAAAUUUAUACGUGUUUCUUGAUAUUUCAUCAGUCCACAUAACUUAUAUUCCUACAAAAAGAACGAUAUAUAUAUUAUAUGAAAAAGGAACUAAAACUGUCCCUUGUGGUACUCUGAACAAUAAAAUUGUUAAUGUAGUGAAAACUUGAAGUGUAGUCCUCAAUUAUUGUGCCUUAGAUGCAAAAUAGUUUCUGAGAUUAAAUUUAAGAUAAAGGCAAAACAUAUUGUGCCAAAUUUAUAUAACGAUGAUGAGACGUACGCUCGUGUACGCGAAGACACGCGAGCUCGGCGGCGCGGAGUUGUAUAUACGUCGUUCAUUUCUGAAAUGUUUUGCAAGUUAUACGCAUUUUACAACUGAUACGAUUUUAAGGCGAUGAGAUUUUAGAAAUGAGUAAUUAUUAAAUGCAUGUUCAAAGUGUGUAUCCUAAUAUCCUGACCAAUGUAGAUGAUAGUUUAUAUAAAGAAUAUUUAUAUUUAUUACUUCCCCAUGAGAAAAGACAUUUUUACGAAUAGUAUUAUUAAUUUAGGUUUCGUAAAAUAAAUGAAGGCAAUAAGAAAUUGGGUUAAGAACGCCAUUUUGUGCCUCGGAGGUAAAAUCAUGACAAUACAUUAGUUUGAAAUCGUUUACAAUGAAAUUAAAAAUGUACUACGGUAAAUGUUUUUAAUAAAUUAAAGUAAUUUAUAAAAUUUAUCAUUGAACAUCUAAGAUCUUGAAUUCUGAAAAAUGUUACGAUACGUGUGCAGAAAACAUUCAUUGAAAACUAUUUCAAACAACAAUUAGUUUUUACACGCAAAUUUAUAUUAAAAAAAAAACGUAUUUAAUAAAAAUAUAAAAACCGUCAAUUUUUAUAAAAUGUAAAUAAGAUUAGAAAUAUAUGAAAAAAAAUAUAUGUUAAUAAAUUCUUAUUGUUAUACGAAUAUUGGUAUAAAACUAAUGUAUAAAUUAUACGAAUUGGACGUUGUACAGAAAAUGAGUGCUAACAAAUGUGAUCCAUGAGGUAGCCAUAAAAUGCCAUAUUUCAUUUUAACGAUAAAAUUAAAAUAAACUCUGCACCAUCAGAUCAGUAUUAGUUACAAUAAUUUCAAAACCUUUGCAUUCCUGUUUUAUUCCCGGCUACAUGCAUAGUCCAUUCCCAUGUUAGUGUUAGACGAACAAUAUCGUCGAACUGUGUAAUAUGUUCGACGUAAUGUAUACUAUUUUCGACGAACUUUCAUUUAAUAGUUCACCCAUUCCUAGCUUGUAUCAGUAUUUUUUUAGUUUAAGUCCUGUCCUAUCGUUCCUAAGCACUAUCUUGUACACAAUCAAUACAGUCUUAUACUUUAGAUAAUAAUUACUUUCGUCGAUUUUAAUUAAACUUUUCAUUUUAUUUGUUAUUAGUUUCUGUCAUUUAAUAUGAUAAAAGGCCGUGCCAUAAAUAUUUAGUCAUCGUUUCAAGUUAUUUUGUAUACUUUAUCGUGCUAGUGUGUUCACUGAUUGUAUAACAAUAUACAUCUAAUAUCGUAAUUUCAUAUAUUCUUUCGUCACCUAAAGUUGAUUAUUUAAAAUGAUUAAUGUCAUUUCGUCGCAAACUAUUUCUUUUGCAAUAAUUAUAAAUAUUUCACACAUUAUUGGUUGUUAUCUUGUUAUGUUAUCUAAUUUUACGUCCAUGUUUUUUUUUCGAUUCUUUUACGUUUUCGUCUUUCACAAACUUUAAUUAAUCAAUUAUUUAUGUAUUUUAGUAUUACAUAGUGUAAAUUAUUAUUAAUUAAAUUAAUUUUCCCUAUCGAAUACAGUAUUUUGUCCGUUUAAGUAUUUAAAAUGGAUUGUUCACAGGUUUAAGUAAAUUUCUAAGGUUUUUACAAAAUUUACGUGUAUGUAAGUAAUUAUUUGAAUCUGAAUUCGUACGAAUCAUAACUGUAGCAGUUUGUUUGAGAUUAAAAACGAUUGGUAUGAAAAUAGCUUAGAGUUGUUUACCUCAUGAGUUUUAGGAAUUAAAUGAGAAUAUAUAAUGA